AUGUGUAUUAUCCAAUUAGAAUCAUUGGGUGAAUCUGGAGUAGAAACACCAUUUGCAGAGAACAAGAUGGACGAGUCAGUUAAAUCUGGUUCUGGACUGGAAGUGUCAGUUUCAUUUGGAUCAGUAGCUCAAAAAAAGGCCUAUUUUGAAGCACACUACAAAAGGAUAGCUGCUCAGAAAGCCGAGAGCUUGGAGGAGGAAAAUCCAAUGGAACCUUUUAGUCAAAGCCCUGACGAGUCAAUCAGUGAGGAUCACACUGAAAACUCAACUGGUAUAGAUACAGAGUCGAGUGUAUGCAAUGGUGAGAAAUCUGGUGAAGUAGUUGAUUAUGUAAUUACUUUUGAUGAGGCAAGAGAUGAUGAUGUUGGAUCAAUGGAAGAAAUUGAGCCCAAAACCUAUACAACUGAUUUGACGAGGAUAACCACUUCUGAAGUGGCAAAAGAGGAUGUAGCUGUGGCUGUAGAGGGUGGAAACUCGGGAGUCCAGGAGGAUAAAGAGUUAAAGAUUAAUGCAGAUAACAUUGGAUUGAAUGAUAGAGAGGAACCCGUCUUGGUUAAGGAAGUGAUCCCUCAAAAGGAUUCUAAGGAUAGCGCAGAACAGCCACCAGAAAGGAAAGGCGGUGCAGAAAAAACCAGUGUAAUGAAAAAGGAAAAUCCCAAGUUGAACGCACGAAAUCAAGCUCAAAAGGUGACUACUACUAAAAUGGGUAGAAAUUUGGCUGGGACAAAAAAUAUUGUAUCAUCUGCAGCCAAGUCGCCACAAGUUUCUGCUCCUAGACUAUCAAAACCGACGUCAAUUUCCACGCCUAUAUCUGCCUUCCGUCCUUUGAAAAAGAAGGUCCAUGAGACGCCACUUCCAAAAAGCAGGAAUACUCUAGUUGGAGAAAGCAAGAGAGCAACUCCUACGUCCUUGCACACGUCUCUCAGUUUGGGGCCAGCAAAUUCUUCUGCAACUUUUCCUACAACUAGAAAGUCUUUCAUAAUGGAGAAGAUGGGGGAUAAGGACAUUGUUAAACGAGCAUUCAAGACAUUUCAGAACCAUAUCAAUGAAUUAAGGACUCCAAGUAAUGCGGAAUUUUGUACACCGAAGCAGGUGUCGUCCAUGGCAUCUGAGCAGAAGGAUUCCUCUUCUUUCACCCCCCGAAAGGAGAAUGAAGGACUAAGGAAGUCUACAGAAAAGACACUUACUCAAAGGGCUCGAUCAGGCACUAGAUCAAAGACAAUGACUGAGUCCUCAGGGAAAAAUGCAAUAACCGUUACACAUUCUAUUGGCUUGAGAAGUGAUGAAAGAGCUGAAAAGAGGAAAGAGUUUAUAAAGAAUUUGGAAGCAAAAUCAAUUGCCAGAGGGGCUGAAGAUGCGCAACGUAGUGUGAAAACAAAGGAGGGAAAGGCAUCUGAGACAAUAAAACUGAAACAUAAUCUCAACUUCAAGGCUACACCUAUGCCGGCUUUUUAUCGGGGUCAAGGGAAAGGUCAUUCCAGAAAGGAAGGCUCAGACAGUAAGAUCCAUCCUCGACCCACAUGUAGUAGGUGA